AUGGCUAUUUUCCCGCAUUUUACGUCGAUACCUGGCGUCGGUGUCGAACAUAGUGUCAAAGCUCCGGGGCCUAAACUCUGUAUCGUGGAGGUCAAACCUGGGCGUAUCUUUCCCCCUGACGACAUGGACAACAUUCCUUGGAAAUUCUCUGCUGUAUUGGCGCAUGCCCAUUUGCAGAACCUCGCAGCGGCGCACUUCAUUUUCAAAGAAGACAAACAUACUACAGUCGUUCCGAGUUUUGCGGGGUGCGGUUCACUUUGGUCGUAUUGUGAAUACACCCGAGAACGCGAUUACACCCCUCUUGGACCGCCUCUCCCUCGAGACCCCAAGGCAGAGAGACGCUACACCGAGUUUCUCGCCGUUGAAACUCCUGAACCAGACUCCGACAAAGAGGUCUCACAGGGUACCCCUCGCGAUUCUGCGCCAUAUUAUGUUCAAGACCGUUUCAACCAGAAAGCCUACGUCCCCGGCUCCUCUGCAGAUGAGAGCGACUCCGGAGACGUUGGUAUCGCCAAAUCAAGGUCCCGCAGACCACCCGCCCGCCAUUCCACAUCCCAAAAGUCCAAGCAGGACUCGAAAUUAUCCUGGCUCGGAACGAACCUUAGGUUUCCAGAGUUCUUCAUUCGCUUCUGUCCGUCAGGUAAAGAAUUUCUCAACCUCCUGGACACAGAAGGGAACACGCUUCUGGCGAUGGACGAGAUCGUCAAACGCAUCCGCGAACGGCACUCCGCACUUCCCGACAACCACCCUCAUCACCUCUCCUUCAAGGACGACCCGUACGAUCCCGAUGGUCGACCUGACGAAGCCCGCCGGGUAGAACCAACAAUGAAACAGCCUUCACGCAACACGUUGCGCCAGCAGUUGGACUUGAUAUGCGCAGACAGCAGCGAUGAGGUCGGUCCGGAGAGUGGGGGUGCUGGCCAGGGAGCGGGGCACGGGGAGAGCUCGCGGUCGAGGGCGGUCAAGGAGAGCCACGCCAAAUCCGAGUCCAGCGCGGCGGCCGUGCAGAAGAAGAAGGGGGACGCGUGGGAUCUCUUCUCCCGGGAUGACGACGUCGUUUUCGCCCGCGCUGGGCCGGUGCACCAGAGGAUCGACGACGGGAUCGAGCCAGUCGAGCGUGCUCCCUCGGACCAGGACAAGCGAUCGGACAACGGUAGUCAGCGGGCGAACGCCGACCUAGCGGAGUCGGGCAGUGAGGACUCUGUGCGAGCUUCUUCGGACGAGGGUUCCCAAUCACCAUCGGACGAAGGUUCUCAAUCGUCAUCCGACGAAGAUGCGGUACAGAACGUACAGACGGAUCAACAAACAGAGGGUCAGUCAGGCGAAGAAAGUUCUGAGCCGGGGCAGGACAGCACCGAUUCCGAAUCAUCGGUGGAUCCUUUGGACGUCCUCCCGCCGCCGCGCCCCGCGAUCCAGGCGCGCCCGUCACGGAGGCGCUGA